UUUGAUUAAAUCUUGUACCGUUUUGAAAUAUCGAAGCCAUAGGAUAUAUAUGAUCACAAAUUUACUUAUACAUAUACACACAGAGAGAGAGAGGGGUCGAAGUCGAACAAUACCAGGAAAAAAAAUCCCAUCAAGACAACAUAUUUUUCUUCGUUUUUGCAGCUGGUUUCAAGAAUAUGCCAAUAUUGGACCUCAAAAUUUGAAUCUUGAAGGCCCAUUUGUCAUAUACAAAGGGGGAAAAAAUGAAGUGUUUUUAUUAUUUCAAGGAAAAAGCAAGCAACAGAGUGCAAAAAUCAGCUCCAAUUCUAAGCCAACAGAGCCAGUCUAAUAUAUCAGAGGCUGAAAGGGUCACAAAAUCGAAUUGUUCAGCUGCUUCGCCUUGCAGCAUACCUGAAUUAUACGAGGAAAAAGCUCAUAAUUUGAGAGUUUUUACGUUUUCCGAGUUAAAACAGGCAACCGAUAAUUUUAGCAGGUUCCUUAAAAUUGGUGAAGGUGGGUUUGGAUGUGUUUACAAGGGAACGAUUAAGCCGGUUGAUGAAAAGGGUGAAUCUCUUGUUGUGGCUGUUAAGAAAUUGAGCAGAAAUGGUUAUCAGGGACACAAACAGUGGCUAUCUGAAGUUCAGUUUCUAGGCAUAGUCGAGCAUCCGAAUCUUGUCAAGCUAAUCGGGUAUUGCGCGGUGGAUGGGGAAAGGGGUAUACAGAGGCUACUCGUUUAUGAGUAUAUGCCUAAUAAAAGUUUGGAGGAUCAUCUUAACAAGGCAUUUCCUGUUUUAUCAUGGGAUUGUAGAUUGCAGAUAGUUCUUGGGGCUGCUCGGGGCUUAGCUUAUCUCCAUGAAGAGCUACAAGUUCAGGUCAUAUAUCGAGAUUUCAAGUCGUCCAAUGUGCUGUUGGAUGACGAUUUCCAGCCUAAGCUCUCGGAUUUUGGGCUUGCCCGUGAGGGCCCCACAACUGGCCAUACCCACGUCUCGACCGCGGUCGUCGGGACACAAGGAUACGCGGCCCCCGACUACGUAGAGACGGGACACCUCACCUCGAAGAGCGACGUGUGGAGCUUCGGCGUGGUCCUUUACGAGAUCCUAACCGGGAGACGGUCCCUCGAUCGCGACCGGCCGAGACACGAGCGGAAGCUUCUAGAUUGGGUCCGCGGCCAGAGGUUCAACACGAUUAUGGACCCGAGGCUUGAGGGUCGGUACUCACCGGGCGGGGCCCGCAGGGUUGCCAGGCUGGCCGACAGCUGCCUGGCGAGGAGCGCCCGUGACCGGCCCAAGAUGAGCACAGUAGUCGAGACUCUAAGUGAGAUAAUAAUCAACCUCUCGACGGCGACCAAUGAGAGCGACGAGGGUGAAAAGACGGAAAUGCCCUCCGAGAGGGUCGGGCCCGUGGAGUCGGCCCGGAGGAGGAUGGCUCACCUGGCGAAGAUUGGCGAGCGCAUUGACGGGGUCAACCGGAGGAAGUUCAUGUUUAGGGUGACUUAGAAUGUGAGGUUUGGAAGGUAGGUUUUGGAGCUUUGGGUGUAAGAAUGGUGAAAAGAGGCAGUGUUUGGUGCAGAUUUUGUGAGAACAAUUAUAGUGAGAGUUAAAAAAAAUGUCAUCCUUUUUUGUUCAACUGUUUAGAGCAUGCUUGAUACAAAUUCA